AUGGAGGUGCUGCACACAGGACUUAGAUGCCUGUACCUGGGGUUCCAGAUUCAGGACAGACAUGGCUGUGGACAUGGCAACAUUUUAAAGAAGUGGUUGUGGUUUCUCUUCUCUCCCUUCCAGGUUAAAGGCCCAGGGAUUGGGUUGCUUGGAAUUUCCAAAGGGGGCAAACUGUGUAUCUCCAUGGUCUCCUUCCUAAAGGGUAUCACAGCCACUGCCCUUAUAAACGGCUCAGUGGCAAAUAUGGGCGCAGUGCUCUGCUACAAGGACAUCACCAUUCCACCCCUCGGUUUCAGUCCAGAAUGUGUCAAGAUCAGCAAGUCUGGGAUUGCUGAUGUUGUGAACAACCCACUAGAAGGGCCUGACCACCAAAGCUUCAUCCCUUUGGAGAAGGCUGAGUGUCGUUUCUUGUUCAUUGUUGGCCAGGAUGAUCACAACUGGAAAAGUGAAUUCUUUGCAGUUGAGGGGAGCAAACGUUUGCAAGCUCACGGGAAGGAAAAGCCUGAGAUAGUCUGCUAUCCGGGAGCAGGGCACUACAUUGAACCCCCUUUUUUCCCAAUGUGUGCAGCCUCAAUGCACCAGCUGGUUGGCAAGCCUGUGAUUUGGAGAGGAGAGCCCAAGGCACACUGUGAGGCACAGGUAGACGCUUGGCAGCAGAUCCAAGCUUUCUUCUGCAAACACCUCAUGGGCAAGCCAUCUGGAACAUCUAGUAAGCUGUGAUAUGACUUAGGUUACUUUAGAGAGGAAAAGUCUGGUGUUUCAAAUUUGUUUUGUUAUAUGCCUCUGAAUGAGAACAAAGAACAUCAGAGAAUAAGUUGUUGGGUUUCUUGGGGGAUGAUAGUAAGUGAAGGCACGAGGGCUGCUUUCUUUUAACACCCUCCUCUAACAUCAUUUAGAGGUCUUAGUGCCAUGCUAUGUGUAGUAUGGGAUUACAAACUGUAGAAAAAUGAUGGUGGUAAGGUUGGAUCUGCUUUGAAUGUUAAUUUCACUGGAAGGUAACUUACUCAAGCUGAGAACUGGGAUGAGAAUUUGCCUUGGUUUUCUUAGAAGAAACAUUAUGUUUGCCAUUGUCCUUACCAGAGCUCUAGUUUUUCUGGAAGCAGCUAUUCUGUCUUCCGGCCUCCACUAAUCUUUCUCCCUGUGCACAUUGUUGCUCCUUCCUCUUCUCCCGUAUCACUGAGAUGCAUCUGCCUUAACACUUAGUAUCUAGUAUUUCAUUCACCAAAAGAAGCAAUACUGUGCCUGCAUCUUCAGAGAAUACAUCUCCCAUUUAUAGCCAACAA